CCGGUGGCUGCUGCUAAGGAGACGGUUGCUACUGGCCGAGUUGUUAGUGAAGAUUUGGACCUCUAUGCUACAUCUCGAGAGAAACGAUUUCGUUUAUUUGCAUCUAUAGAAUGUGAAGGACAGUUAUUCAUGACUCCAUAUGAUUUUAUUUUGGCUGUUACAACAGAUGAGCCCAAAUUUGCUAAAACGUGGAAGUCACUUUCUAAACAGGAAUUAAGUCAGAUGCUCUCAGAAACACCACCAGUUUGGAAGGGAUCAUCAAAGCUCUUUCGAAGUCUUAAAGAAAGAGGUGUGAUUUCUUACACUGAAUAUCUUUUUCUUUUAUGUAUUUUAACAAAGCCUCAUGCAGGGUUUAGAAUAGCUUUCAACAUGUUUGACACUGAUGGAAAUGAGAUGGUGGAUAAAAAGGAAUUUUUGGUGCUUCAGGAGAUAUUCAGGAAAAAAAAUGAAAAGAGAGAAACUAAAGGAGAUGAAGAAAAACGUGCAAUGCUGCGUCUUCAACUUUAUGGAUACCAUUCUCCUACUAAUAGUGUACUUAAAACAGAUGCUGAGGAACUUGUCUCCAGAAGCUACUGGGAUACCCUAAGACGUAACACAAGUCAAGCUCUCUUUUCAGACCUCGCAGAGCGUGCUGAUGACAUCACAAGCUUAGUAGCAGACACUACAUUGCUGGUACACUUUUUUGGAAAGAAAGGAAAAGCUGAGCUCAACUUUGAAGAUUUUUAUAGAUUUAUGGACAACCUACAAACAGAAGUUCUAGAAAUAGAAUUUCUUUCCUACUCUAAUGGAAUGAAUACUAUCAGUGAAGAAGAUUUUGCCCACAUUCUUCUACGGUAUACUAAUGUGGAAAAUACUUCGGUAUUUUUGGAAAAUGUGCGCUACAGUAUACCUGAAGAAAAGGGCAUCACAUUUGAUGAAUUCAGGUCAUUUUUCCAAUUUCUGAACAACUUAGAAGACUUUGCAAUAGCGCUCAAUAUGUAUAACUUUGCAAGCCGUUCCAUAGGACAAGAUGAAUUUAAACGUGCUGUCUAUGUAGCUACUGGACUGAAACUUUCACCACAUUUGGUGAACACUGUAUUCAAGAUUUUUGAUGUUGACAAAGAUGACCAAUUAAGUUAUAAAGAGUUUAUUGGAAUUAUGAAAGACAGACUCCAUAGAGGAUUCCAGGGUUAUAAAACAGUCCAGAAGUAUCCGACCUUCAAAUCCUGCCUGAAAAAAGAACUUCAUAGCAGAUAAAUACUCCUAAAACAAAGAUGGAAGGAUUAUGAUCUAUGUGACAAGCAUGAAACAAGUUUCUGAGCGUGGAUCCAAGUGUGAAGUCAGAACAUACAGAAAAUAAAGGGAAAGGUGAAAUACUAUGAAAUUACAUUUUUUCCUUGAACUGAGUUCAUCCAUGUAAAACAGAGGAAAAUUGAAUCUUCUAAUUAGCCUGGGGUUUGAUCCCUAGAACCACCAAGAGAAAACUUACUGCUUUCACAGUGAUUGACUGAAUUCUGAACUUUUUCAUUCCCUUCACAAGUAUAUGGGUAGUCCCGAUGACUAUCUGAGAAUGUAUUUAGAUUAUUUAUUUAUUAGAAAUGUCCUUUAUUUCAAAAUAAUUCAUGAGCCCUAGAAUUUAGAUGACUUAAAAACAGAAACACAUUUUCUUCUGGUUUGGACUGUGUACCUGUUUUCAGACAAUGAAUAUUGCUUCCAAUUUGUCUUAGGGCCCUUAGAUUUGUUAGUAAGUCCCUGUUAUUUACCUUGUAUUUAAUUACACCGAAGUAAUUUCAGAAGACAAGUGAAAAUUUACAAAAUAAUAUGAUGGUUUACAUUGUACUUUCAACUUUUAAAAGUACUUAUGUAAUAUACACUGUUGGAUUUGUGUAAAAUUUCGUUUGUUUUUGCUGUUUUUGUGUAUUUUGUUUUGUUUUUGUACCAAAGCCAACAGAAUUUCAGGUAUUUUAUUUAAGAAGUAAUUUAUUUUUU